ACUAUCAUAUGAAAAUGACUUCCUAAAAACCAAGAAACAACCUUUGAAUCCAUAGUCCAAAUCCCACAAAAAUCCUCAUUUCUAUUAUGUCUCUCUUUCUAAAACAAAUCCUCCUUUUCUCUCUUGUCCCAAUUUCCCUCAUUUGUCUCUUCCUUCCACUUCACCACUUUCACCACCACACCCAAACCCCGUUUCCUACUUUCUCAAACCCCUUUUCACCACCACCAAAAAUAGCUUACUUCAUUACUGGAACUAAAAAUGAUGGCCCAAGAAUCUUUAGAUUACUUCAAGCAGUAUACCAUCCAAGAAACUACUAUUUACUUCAUCUUGACCAAUUUGCUUCUAACAAACAAAGAUUAGAACUUGCUCUGAAAGUGGGUUCUGUUGAUGUGUUUGUUGCAGCUGAGAAUGUGAAUGUUAUUGAAAAAGCUGAUGCUGUGAAUCAAGAGGGGUCGAGUCCUUUGGGUUUAGUGCUUCAUGGUGCUGCUGCUUUGUUGAGGUGGAAGAAUGAUUGGGAUUGGUUUGUUAAUCUUGAUGCUUCUGAUUAUCCCCUUAUUCCUCAAGAUGAUUUUCUCCACAUCCUGUCUUUUGUUCCGAGGAAUUUGAAUUUCAUAGAAUAUAGUAAGAAUACCAGCCCGGAGGAACAUCAAAGGGCUGUGGAAGUUAUCGUUGACUCUCGCCUCUACAUUCUAUUAAAAGGAAAGAUGUUUGUGGGUGACAAAAAACGGGAACUUCCUAGCGCUUUUAGAUAUUUUAUGGGUUCUCAACAUGUAAUCCUGAACAGGAAGUUUGUUGAGUACACGAUCCAAGGAUGGGAAAAUUUGCCAAGAUUGCUCCUGCUAUACUUCUCGAACACUAGAUCUUCUCAUAAAGGAUAUUUUCAGACUCUUGCUUGCAAUACUAAGGAGUUUUCAGACACUGUCAUCAACUCCAACUUGCGAUUCAUUAACUCGGACAACACUAAUCCUUCAAACUUCAGAGCUUCAAAUUCCGAUAGAAUACUAAGAAGGGACGUUGCAUUCGUUGGAAACAUAUCAGCAGAUUCUCCCUUAUUGGACAUGAUUGAUGCACACAUUCUUAAUCGUGGUCGGGGUAUGGUCUCACCUGGAGGUUGGUGUUUAGGUAGCUCAAAUUGGUUCAGUGAUCCUUGCGGUGAAUGGGGUGAUCCUAGUGUUCUAAGACCAGGACCAGCUGCGAAAGGACUUGAAAAGCUCAUCCUGAAAUCGAUCAAAGACAUGUCGAUCGGGUCGAGCAGAUGUCAUCAUCAAUGACACUUGUUGCUCCUGCUUAACUCGCUCUUCUUUUUCUUUUCCUCUACCUGUAUUAGAGGAUUCUGUAAUUUUGUCUAGUUGUAACAUAUAGAACAUUGCCAGAGAAUGGCAAUGUUGGAAAUCACAAAUCAGUGCUUGUAUGUUGGUAUGAUUCAAAAACUAGGCGAUUUUUCGUGUGCUAAUGUAAUGUCCACGCCAUCUUCAUGAAUUGGGACGAUUGACUUCGAAUCGCCUAAAAUUUUGUUGGCCGAUCAGAAACGAUCCAAUGAACUAUAGUCCAAUCUACUUAAAUUUUGGUCGGCAGUA